AUGCAGGCUCAAAUGGGUGUGGGGAGUGAGCUUCAGAGGAGCUACAGGAUGCAGGACUUCGCCAGCCCCGGAGUUAUUAUGAGAGAGAGGAGCUUCAUCAGGCCGCAGUCGCACCACAACAUGCAUCAUAACCAGUUUCCAAACAAUGGGAAACGGCGGAGUAUGAUCCUGACGAACGCCAAGGGGAAACCGACACUCGAAAUCUAUAGACCGCCAGUGAAGCAGUCCGUGUCGCAACCGGUAGCGAGUGUGGCCCAAGUGUCGCCGGUGUCCGUGUCUCCGGUGUCCAUAGCGCCCUUAGUGUCUCCCGUGGCCGCUGCUCCAGUCACAUCUUUGACACCAGAUGUCACAAGCUCUGAAUCUUUAUCAGACACCUCAGGUGUCCGCACAGACGGCGUGGCGACCACGGCGCCCACGACGCUCACGACGCCCACCACGCCCACGGCCGGGAACAAGCUGAACGUGCACGCCAAGGAGUUCACUAUGGCCAAGCCGGCAGACCUGCAUAAUAGGUCGUCUGUAGGCCUGGGCUACACGAGCGUGGGUCUGCAGCACUCUCGGUCGGUGGUGCUGCACGCGCAGGUGCCGCCACACUUCAGGCCGGUGAUGCCGCCGCACGCGCUACUCACGAGCGCCUCUAGCGGCAAUGUACCGCACGCUAACUCGGGUCCUCGGGUUCAUUUCAAACUCCAGCCGCAGCAGAUCAUUCAGGAGAAAAAGAAGUCACCCCCAUCUUCGCUAUCCAACGGCAACGGGAAGAGCAUUAGGCCUCAGUCAUUCACGCCCGGUCUCAAGCGCUCUAAAUCUUUGACAACAGCUGAUACAUUGGCCAGUGGCAUGGCUGCCCUUGGCUUGGCCGCUGACGCCGGUGACCUUGGCAACUUCCCCCCCGAGAUACAGGAAUGCAUUGACAAGGCACUGGAAGGUGAGAAAAAUGACCCCAACGCCGUGUGCGCCCGUACGCUAAUGGAUGCUGUGGGUCACUUGAUCUCUCGCGCGGUUGAGUCUCCGCGGUACGCGCUGCCCGCAGCCAGGAGAUGUAUCGCGGUCGUGGAGAGAGAGAACACGGAGACUUUUCUCGAGUCGCUACUGAACACGUGCCAGCAGUGGUAUCACGACAGGGAUAAGUUGCUGGGCGCGGUGGUGAGCGGCGGCCGUCCCCGCCUGAUGGCGUUCCUCUCGUUCCUGCUGGAGAUGUACUGCCAGCUGCGGCGGCGCGCCAUCCAGCGGCGCGGACACAGCGCGCCCGGGCACGUGCUGCUCGCGCUCAUCUGCAAGUGCUGCGAGGACUGUAUACGGCAACCGGUGCCCUCGCCCAGCGACACGGAGAAUCUGUUCUUUGUCCUUACAUACAUCGGGCGUGACCUGGAGACGCAACUACCAGGUGACCUGGAGCGCCUCCUAUCAGCGGUCCGUGACGCGUUCAUCAACACGUCCGCCGCGCCCUCCAUACGACGCACGCUCCUCCAGCUGAUUGAACUGCACGCGUCCCGCUGGCAGCUGCCCGGCUGUGCGGUGCUCUACUACUACCCCUCCUCCAAGUAG